UCUUCACUCCAGAAAAUUCUAGAUUCCAAUCUAACCCUGACAACAAGUAAAAUCUUUGUUCUUAAAAUCUCUCCUUAUCUCUGAAUUGGCAAUGGCGACUGAACAACCAAAGCCAACGGCUGAAGACGUGAAGAUGGAUCUAUUCGAAGAUGACGACGAAUUUGAGGAGUUUGCAAUUGAUCAAGAGUGGGAGGACAAAGAGGAAGGAAAAGAAGUAACCCAACAAUGGGAAGAUGAUUGGGAUGAUGAUGAUGUCAACGAUGACUUCUCUCUGCAGCUCAGAAAGGAAUUGGAAAGCAACACUGAGAAGAAAUGAGCUGCAUUUGCAUAUGAACUCUUUUUCUUCGCAACAUUGGACCAUGUUAUUUCUAUUCUGGGUUCAGAUGUUUCCAUAUGUUUGUACUCUUUAUUUUACUGAUGAAACUUAGCUUUCACCUUUUUGUUGACA